CACUCGUUAAAAAAGUUGGGGCAAGGCAUGGGGUUGAGUGGGAAGCUUUUGCAAAUCAUAGCACUGCCUGGAGUAGUGAUCAUAAUAUUUGCAAUUGUGGCAGCAGCAGCAACCGUGGCCAAGCCUGGCUGCCCCAGCAAGUGUGGAGAUGUAGAAAUUCCAUUCCCGUUUGGCUUGUCUGAGGCCUGCUUUCUAAACAAGAGUUUUAACAUCACUUGUCAAUCUGGAAAACCAUUUACAGGUAAUGUCCCUGUAAGAAACAUAUCCAUUGACAAUCAUGAGUUGCAUGUCAUGCAGUGGGUAGCCCGAGACUGUUACAAACACAACAACGAUACUAACGACGUCCCAUGUACACCUACGAACACGUACGAUAGGUGCAACGAUGACAGGGAUUCCAGGGUAUACACGAACAGUCCCUCGCUCCGGUUGUCCCAGUACACCAUUUCCAACAGCAAAAAUAAGUUCACUGUUAUCGGCUGUGACACUAAGGCAUACCUCAGUGGGUACCAAAACGGAGAAUGGUACAAUAUCGGGUGCUCAACUCGAUGCCCUGGCCUUAGCAAUAUGGUGAAUGGAUCUUGCUCUGGCGUUGGGUGUUGCGAGUUAGAGUUUCCUGAAGGACUAAACAAUAUUAGUGUUGACGUAUCCAGCUUUCACAGUCACUCCGAAGUAUGGAACUUCAAUCCCUGCGGCUAUGCUUUUGUUGUCGAGAAAGACAAGUUCAACUUCUCCACCAAUUAUCUCAACAAUUAUACCAACACAACGGUUCCAUUGGUGCUUGAUUGGGCAGUUGGCAAUCUCACAUGUGAAGAAGCUAAGAAAGAACAGAAUAGCGCAUGUAAGGAGAAUAGUGACUGCAUUGUUCGCCAAAUUAAAACCAAGCAGGCCGGGUAUCAUUGCAAGUGCAAGCAGGGUUACAAAGGGAACCCAUACCUCCAAGGCCAAGGGGGUUGCCAAGACAUUGACGAAUGUGAGCAUCCAGCUCUCAAUAAUUGCACGAAUUACUGUGUCAACGGAGUAGGCAAUUAUACAUGUGGUUGUCCCAAGUGGUACCAUGGGGACGGAAGAAAAUAUGGUGAAGGUUGUUCUGUAGAUCUCGCACUAGCGAUUAAGGUUUCCAUUGGAAUUGGCAUAGGCUUAAUUGCUAUGCUUGGGGGUAGCUCAUGGCUGUUCUUGGUACUCCAGAAAAGAAAAUAUAUUAAGCUUAAAGCAAAGCUCUUUCAACAAAAUGGGGGUUUGAUCUUAGAACGGCGUCUUCGUGCACUAGGAUCCACUAGAAAGGCCAAAAUCUUUACUUUUGAAGAGCUGAAGGUGGCUACCAAAAACUAUAGAGAGAGUAGGAUCAUUGGCCGAGGAGGUUUUGGUACAGUUUAUAAAGGAUUUUUACCAAAUAAUACAAUUGUUGCCAUCAAGAAGUCCAAGACAGUGGAUCCAGACCAAGUUGACCAGUUCAUUAAUGAGAUUGUUCUGCUCUCCCAAAUUGACCAUAAGAAUGUUGUCAAACUCUUAGGUUGUUGUUUAGAGACACAAGUUCCUUUGCUAGUCUACGAAUUUGUCUCACAAGGUACACUCUUCAACUAUAUACAUCAUGAAGGCAACACAUCCAUCAAACGAUGGGAAACCUAUCUAAGAAUAGUUGCAGAAACAGCGGAUGCACUAUCGUAUCUACAUUCUUUAACUAUAAUUCAUAGAGAUGUCAAGCCUUCAAACAUAUUGCUUGGUGCUAAUUUCACUGCGAAAGUCUCUGACUUUGGAAUUUCAAAAUUGGUUUCCCAUGAUCAAAAGGAUGUAGCUACUGUAGUGCAGGGAACUCUUGGAUACCUGGAUCCUGAAUACUUACAGACGAACCAAUUGAAAGAGAAAAGUGAUGUUUAUAGCUUUGGAGUGGUCCUCGUGGAGCUACUAACAGGAGAUGAUGUAUUUUCAUUCGAUAGAUCUGAGGAUGAAAGAUGUCUACCUAUGUAUUUUCUUUUUUUCUUGAAAGAGAAUCGCAUGGAUGAAAUUCUUGAUAAACGAAUAGUUGAAGAAGGAAAUAAAGAGCAGAUCACGGAGGUCAUUAAACUUGCUGAGAGGUGCUUAAGAGUGAAAGGAGAUGAGAGGCCUAGUAUGAAGGAAUUGGCCAUGGAAUUAGAACAAAUAAGAAAGAUAGAGAUGCACUUGUGGGUUAAUGCUCAAUCAAAUCUGGAAGAGGCCAAACACCUAGAUGGCGUGACAUCUAAUGCUUACGAAAACGGUGGAAGUAGCAGUACAACUGCUGGAUUUGAUAGCAUGAAGGACAAUGUAAUGUUAGCCUUGGGGGAUGGCAGAUGAAUGUGGCAUGAUAACAUCCGCUCUUCAUGGCAUUUGUUUUUUUUUUAAUGCAACUUCCUGUUUUAGUGUCCUAAAAAGAGUUCUGUUUGCUUUAUAGCCUCAACAAAAUGCUCAUUAGAUAGUGAUGGCAUGCAUAUUAUCUCUGUACUAUUCUUCAUGUGUUGAGUUUUCUGUUCUGGUCGAAAGAGCAAUUUGUUGGUGUUAUUUGGAGUAAUUGUUUUGUUGUAUUCGCUGUCUUGUAUAGCUGCUGUGGGAUUAAUGUAUAUCUGUUGGUGUUUGGCAAGUGUAGUCUGCUUAAAUGUGGUGUGGUAUGUAAGAAAUUUUUCAAUAAAGUGUGCAUGGCUCAUUUGCCACAUUUCAUUACCUAA